UUUAAUUGAUAAUUUAUUCUUGAUUUCAAGUUCGUUAGCUUCAAUAUUAUUAUUUUUAGCUCAAGGAAGCUGCAUCAAAUUCACAACUGUGUUUCUCAAAUAGGAAAUUCCCUCUCAUUUUUCUUUUCAUAAGUUGAAGCCAACUGAUGGUGAUUUAAGUAUCAGUAUUUCAUGAUAUUCUCUGAUUAGUAAGGUAACAGGAGAGCUGAGAACAAUUUGUUUUUCCAUUAGCAGUGAAAUAGAUGAAAUUGAAUGAUAUAUCCUAUUAAAAAGAGGAAAAAUAUAAAAUUUUGAAUACCUUCAGGAACCAGAAACUGUUUAGCUGUGGAAUAUUGGGUAAGAUUAUUGCUAUAGAAGCUUCACCUUUAUUGGAGGAUACUUUUAUUGGGCAUCUUUCUUUCACUUUAAAAUGAUCAGUAUCAUUUAUAUGGACCUUAAAAUUCAAUAUAGUUUUGCUUAGUUAGCAUGUAUAUUUUGUUUUUUAUGCAGCAGCUUCUUUUGGAAAGUUGCAUUUCGAAGGUCUCUAUUGUCUGUCAUUUUUCUUCAUCCCUUCAAUCGCAACAAUGGGCAGUUCAUUUAAUGCUCGAAUCUUGGUGGAAAAGCUAGCCAAGCUUAAUAACUCACAAGCGAGCAUCGAGACUUUAUCACAUUGGUGUAUUUUCCAUAUGAAUAAGGCAAAACAAGUUGUCGAAACUUGGGAUAGACAAUUUCAUUGCUCUCCACGUGAGCAGAGAUUGGCCUUUCUGUAUCUUGCCAAUGAUAUUUUGCAGAAUAGCAGGCGUAAGGGGUCUGAGAAAGUUCUUCCUAAUGCUCUCCGUGUAGUGAUUGAAAAUGGAGAUGAAUUUGCAAGGAAUGCUGCAUUGCGCCUGAUCAGUAUAUGGGAAGAGAGAAAAGUAUUUGGUUCACAAGGACAAAUUCUUAAGGAAGAGCUUGUUGGCAGGCAGGCAGAAAACAAUAAUCGAAAUGGCAGGCAUGUAGGCCUCAAGUUGCAGAAGCAACCUGUUAAAAAUACGGUUGACAAAAUAGUUUCAGGCUAUCAGGUCAUUUAUGGUGGUCAGAUGGAUGAAGAUGUUAUAUUCAGCAAAUGUUGGAACGCUAUUAGUUGUAUUGAGAAGGUAGAUAAAGAAAUCUGUACCGACGUCAAUACAGGGAAGUUCAAUGGAUCUGCACUUGUGGAGGAGGUCCAGAGUCAGCAUGCUUUAUUGAGAGACUGCAUCGAGCAGCUAACAGCUGUUGCCUCAUCAAGAGCUAGUCUAGUCCCAUAUUUGAGAGAGGCUCUUCAGGAGCAGGAGUUCAAGUUGGAGCAAGUUCUUACUGAGCUUCAGGCUGCAAGGUCCCGAUCAGAACAUGCUGCUAAUAUCUGCAGACAACAUUUAAAUAUUAACAAUCCCCAGUUGGUAGCUGAGCAAAGUUCAAAGGAAUCUAUAUCAUCUGCUGCAGCUCAAAGUUUUAUUCCAUCAGCUACGGAGCAAUCAGCUCCUGUGAUGUACGCCCUGCAAGCAUCAUUUGUUGAUAAUUCUGGCCACAUUGGGGAAGAUCCUCGGAAAUCUGCAGCUGCUGCAGUAGCUGCAAAGCUAACUGCAUCAACUUCCUCUGCCGAGAUACUUUCCUAUGUCUUGUCUUCUCUUGCUUCUGAUGGUGUCAUUGGUAAUCCUUUAAAAGACUCGUCUGGUGAUUACCCUUCUGAGAAGAGGCCUAAGCUUGAGAAUGACCAGUCUUACAUUCCAUCUCAUAAUCCUCAAGCUUCAGUUUCGCCAUUCCCGCAUCCUGAAUCUCUCCAACACAAUGCUGUGACCACCACCCAGCAGUUGGCUUAAAAUAAUGAGGUGCCACCUACAUCAUCGUCUCCUCCACCACUGCCGCCAAUGCCACCAUAUGCCGUGCCCCAGUACAUGCUGACUGGUGGAUCAAUAAAUGGUGUGCCAUAUAGCUAUAGCAUGACACCGUUGCAGCGUAUACAAGUGUCUAAACA